UACAACCAAGUGCCUGCCAACUUCACUUGUAAAAAAAUUUUUUGACGACAGCAAUUUUUCGUCAAUCAUUUUUAUUCUACAAAUAGUUUUGCAUUUUUUUGUAAAUUUCAUUUAAUUUUUUAAGAUUACGUUUUUGUUGCAACUUAAAUAUAGAGAAACAAGUAUUAAAUACAAAUCAAUUUAAAGCAAUUAACAACGAGUAAAAUCUAAAACGUGUGCAGUGAACCGAAACUACCGAAAUUAAAACAAAAAAAGUCUUGCAAUUUUUUCCUUCCUAUCAGUACCAAAACUUGUGUCAUAUAUUCGAUUGUGUGUGAAAUAAAACGAAGUGAACGAUAAGUGAAAUAACAACACAAGAAAUAAAUUCCGUAACACAGUUGAAAACAGUUUCAAAAUAGGUGAAAAAAUGGUAGAUAAAUUUAUAAAUAUGUGGAAAGUGCGUGAAUUGGCUGACAAAGUCACAAAUGUUGUUAUGAAUUAUACCGAAAUCGAGGGCAAAGUAAGAGAAGCCACUAACGAUGAUCCGUGGGGUCCAACGGGUCCUUUAAUGCAAGAAUUGGCUCAUGCAACGUUUUCCUACGAAACAUUUCCCGAAGUAAUGUCAAUGUUAUGGAAACGUAUGCUAACAGACAACAAAACUAAUUGGCGUAGAACGUAUAAGAGUUUACUAUUGCUUAAUUAUUUGGUACGCAAUGGUUCUGAACGGGUGGUCACCUCAUCAAGGGAACAUAUUUACGAUUUACGUUCAUUGGAAAAUUACACUUUUACAGAUGAAGGUGGAAAAGAUCAGGGCAUUAAUGUUAGACAUAAGGUAAGAGAACUUAUAGACUUUAUACAAGAUGACGAUCGUUUACGUGAUGAACGUAAAAAGGCUAAGAAGAAUAAAGAUAAAUAUAUUGGCAUGAGCAGUGAUGCCAUGGGUAUGCGCAGCAGCGGUGGCGGCUAUAGUGGUGGCGGUGGUGGCUACAAUGAUGGUGGCUGGAGAACUUCACGUAGUGAUCAUGGUGAUAAUUGGUAUUCUGAUUCACGUUCUGCGGAUCGUUACGAAGACGAUGAUGCUCAAUAUGAGGGUGAAAAGGAAUUCUCUGAUAGCGAUUCACCGAGUCCUAGAAGAAACUAUCGUUACAAUGACCGAGCCAGUCCUGCAGACAUUGCUACCGAUGUCAAACCAUCGGGCAAUCUAAACAUGAACAUACGUCCGAAAUCAGCAUCGUCAACAUCAUCGAUAACCAUGUCAACGGGUCCAGUUACAAAGCAACCAGGCCAACACAAACCAUCGGUCGGUAGUAAAAAAAUCGAUAUGGGUGCUGCUGCCAAUUUUGGUAAAACAUCGACUGUAACAUCGAAUGCGGCUGGCAUACAUUCACCCACCCAUCGCGAUACACCCGGUGAAGGCAAUAAUGAUUUAAUAGGCUAUUCCCCCAUUAACAAUAAUACCAUGGGCAUAUCAUCGUCACACGAAAGCAAUACUACAAAUUCGACAACCACCAACGUUAAUAACAACAAUGCACUUGACAGUCUAUUUAAGACCUGUUCACCUAAGAAUGAAAAGACUCUUAAUAGCGCUGCUAUUAAUGAUGAUUUUGAUGACUUCAAUCCAAGAGCUGCUGAGCAGCAGCAAAAUGAAUUUGGCGAUUUUGCCUCUGCAUUCGGUGGUGUCUCAGCUGAGCCUCCCUCGGCUAGUCUAACAGGCAUCGCUGCCUCUACAAACGAUGAUUUCGCUGAUUUCUCUGCAUUCCAAGGUAGUUCCAGUACAAGCAAUAGUGCAGCUUUAACAUCCAGUUUGGGAGGUUUGGAGGGUAAUUUGUUGACUACUGCUACACCAGCCAAUGACGCAUUUGAUUUGUUUAAUUCCUCUUCGGCUGCUGUUCAUUCCACAAAUACAACAAACACUCUGGGUGCUACCACAGCUACAGAUCUUCUGGCUGGUCUAGGAGAUCUAUCCAUACAUCAAAGUAUGCCAAUGGCCGAUGAUGAUGAUGGUAACAAUGGUGACAAAUUUCCCGAUAAGCUAAGGCAUGAGCUACAAAAUGUCAUACAACAAUUAAAUGCUAUGAAUACUAUAAAAUCCGUCCAGGAUGUGCUAAAGGUUAAGGAAAUUUUACAACAACUAUGGAUUAAGAAUUGUCUGCCUGGUUUUACUACAGCCGAAAAGAUCUGUAAUUUGGAUAAAGAUGAACUUUCAUGGAAUUUAAUAGCUACACAUGAAUAUGCAGAUCUACUGCAAGCUAUUGGUCAAACAUUUACCACAGAUUGGCCAGGAAAAGUGUUGAAUGGGCAGGAGAAGAUUAUUUUUAAUAUAUUUAAAAUGGAUUACAACUUUGAUUUUAUUAUGGAAUCGUGGUUGUGUUUAAUACACAAAUUACCCCAAUUUCCCCAAAGCGUUAUGGCUAUUUUUGAAUAUCUCCUGGAAGAUGAUAAUUUCAUAUCUAUAACCUUUUUACAAAUAUGCAAGGAAAAGGCUUGUUUACUGCAAAAAUUUAAAGCUACUCUUAACACUUUACCCGAACCUCAGUUGGAACAAUUUAACUUAAAAGUUAAGGAGUUUAUACAAUUGCUAAUGUCUUUACCAACACGCUUAGCUAAUGCUGUCAUGGGUAAUGUCAACGAUGCAUUUAAGUCCGAUAAUUAUUGUAAAAAUAUAAUGCAACAUUUGCUCAAAGCCAUAUGGUUUUUGAUACACUGUGAUGACCAUGACAAAGAAAAUUUCGAUUUAAAAUUUCUAUCAGAAGUCUUGAGUCGUUUAGUUUUAGACUUUUGCACCAAUACAGAAAAUGAUUCCGAUCUUUGCAAAUUUUUGGAAAUUUUACAAGAAAUUUGUCAUUAUCCCAAGCCACGAAAACUCAUACAAGAAAUAUUCUAUUUAAUGGAUAAUAGUAAUACCUCGAUUUACCGCUUGGCUUUAUGUAUGCUUAAGGGCUCUUUAGAUGUUUACAAACUAUUGGGGGAUUGUGUUAAAAACAAUGACCUCUGGCAAUUUUGUUUCCUGCACAAAUUAGCCAUGCAGAGAAUACCUAGCCAAGAGUCAGCAUUAAUUGUCUUAGUGAGUUAUAUUAACUCAGUAGAUGCUGCCUUGUUAAGACAACUUUUCGAGAAUCUGCUUAAUGUCUGGGCUAAACGUAUAUGUUUACAGAAGUUAUCACAAAAUGAGCAUCUAAACCUUUCUAAACUUUUAAUUAUAACUGGAAAAUAUUACUAUUUGGAUGCUAAAAAUAACAGACAAGAAGAUCAAGAUUUGAAACGUUUAUUACAUGAAGGUCUACGUCAUCAUUUAGAAUGUUCGGAUAAUUUGCAACGUUAUAUUGGCAUGAAAACGGUAGAACUUAUAUUUAAUUUCAUAGCGGGACCCAAUUCUAAAGACGAAGAACAAUUGAAAUUUGAAUAUAGCAGUAUUUUAGAAACUCCUAAAGGAAUAGUCAUUAAGCAAAUUGAUGAUUUGACAAGAAACCUACAAACGAACAAGAACAUGCCAGAAAGUGUGGAUCUUAAGCAUUUAGAAUUAUUAUUGGAAGCUUUUAUGAAACACCGAACAACUGAAGCUGUAAUUACAAACUGUAAAAAAUCUCUACAGGCAAUAAAUGUUAAUGAAACUAACGAAAUUGAUAAUUUCGAAUUAAGCCCGCCCCCCACAAAAUCUCCCAAAAUGGAUUUAGAUUCUGAUGAUGACGAUGAUUUAAAGCCCUACAAUAUGUCAAAUGAUACUCCUCAAAUUUUGGAUAAAAGUCCCAAAUUUUUAUUGGACUUGUUGACCACCCUCUCUACGAAAUGUGAAAAUUAUGAAUAUUUUGAAGCAGCACUAUCAACAGCCGAAAACCUAAUACGUUCUCAAUUGCCUAAAUCAGAUGCUCGUUUGGCGGUAGAUUUAAUGCAACUCUUUCUAACUUUGGAUAUGCAGUUCUACUAUGAAAACUUUGAAGAAACCAAAUUUAAGUGUUGUAUCGCCAUCUGUGUUUCACAUCCGGCAGAAUGUGCCGAAUAUAUAUGUCGACAAUUUCACACUGAUAAUUCCUGUUAUAAUGCCAAUUUACGCAUUUUAAUGUUACAAAUUUUAGCAGGAACUGUUAAGGAAUUAACCGAAUCUUUCGAAAUGGAAACCUCAAAGGAAGAAAGUAUUGCAAUUAACAACCCUUCUACACAUUUGCGUAAAUUUCAAUUUGAUAAUGAACAUCAGAAACGUUUGGCCAUAGCUCAAAGAACUAUACGCUUAAGAUUGCGUGAUAAAACUAAAAGAUAUUUUAAUAAAGUUAAAACAACACACAGUUCAAAGGCAAAUCGUUUUCAUCCAGUAGUGGGUAUGUUUUUCUUUCCUUUAGUUAGAGGAGAACGAACAAAACAAAUGCUGUAUGUUAAAUAUGAUCGCAUUGCUCACGACAUUGAUACAAUGCUCUUAGUCAACUUUCUACACACUCUAUCGAUUAUUGUAAUGGGAGCACAAAAUUGUCCCAUACUACCUACGAUGACAAGAGAAAUUUUCGAUUUAUGCUUGUUUAUACGUUUUAGUUCCGAACCACGUGUACGUUUAUCUUGUCUAGAACUGUUGGGUAUUACCUUAGUCACCACUCCGGAUUAUGUACUGAUUGAACAAUUUAAUGAUCGUCUAUUGGAGUUAAAAUAUUGGCUGGAAGAUAUUAUUAAAUCCCCUUUAGUUGGUGGAGAAUCAUCAGAGGAAUGUCGUGAUUUAGCUGCACAAAUUCUUAACACUUGUUAUAAGAUAAUGAAUCCUAACGAUAUGGAAGAAUAAAGUGUUUUUUUCAAUUUUUAAAAUUUGUGAAAUAAAAUUUCCAUUUAUGUAGUUUAAUAAAUAUUUUGCAAAUUGUGUUAUUACUAUUUUUUGUUAAUAUGAAAGGUGUUUUUAAAUACAAACCAAAGUAUUAGUUUUUUUCGAAAUUGAAACAGAAACUUUGAAAAAAUUAGAAAUAUACAGCAUUAUUACACAGGUUGUAUUGGUUGGCAGUGACUGACGGUUUCUCUA